AAGGCGUGAGCGUGUUGCACAAGAGCUGGGCUGCAGUGGUGGUGUGGGUCUGGAUGUGUAAACAGAUAUAUAUAGCCGUAUAUAUAUGUAUAUAUGCAUGGUUAUGUAACUCUAAAGGUUAUUGAAACGGGUGGCGCUUGGAGGAAGGAUGUAGAAGGAGAUUGCUGUGGUAUUUUUAGGAAAGGAUCAUGGACAGUCGCUCUUCCAGUUGCAAAGAGGUCGUAAGUGAGGAGAGUGAGGAGGAAAGCAAUGGAGUCAACUUGAUGGAGUUCUCAGAUGAGAUCCUUCUGCACAUCCUCAGCUAUGUCCCUUGCACAGACCUGGUCCUCAAUGUCAGGAGAACCUGCAGGAAACUUGCAACACUUUGCCUUGACAAGAGUCUAACACAUACAGUCCUGCUUCAGAAGGAUUAUAAGGUAAACAAAGACAAAGUCAAGCAGCUGAUGAGGGACAUUGGAAAGGAGAUCUACCAGCUGAACAUGGCCGGCUGCUACUGGCUGCCCAGCUCCACUAUCGACCACGUCACACGCUGCAAGAACCUGGUGAAGCUGAACCUGUCCGGGUGCCACGUCACCUCCCUGCGGCUCUCCAAGAUGCUCUCCACGCUGCAGCACCUGCGCUCCCUGGCCAUCGACGUGAACCCGGGCUUUGAUGCCAGCCAGCUGAGCAGCGAGUGCAAAGCCACCCUGAGCCGCGUCUCGGAGCUGAAGCAAACCCUUUACACGCCCUCGUACGGCGUCGUGCCCUGCUGCACCAGCCUGGAGAAACUGCUGCUCUACUUCGAGAUCCUCGAUCGCUCGCGGGAAGGGUUUAUGCUCUCGGGGCAGCUGAUGGUGGGCGAGAGCAACGUGCCCCAUUACCAGAACCUCCGCAUCUUCUACGCCAGGCUGGCUCCUGGCUACGUCAACCAGGAGGUGGUGAGGCUGUACCUGGCAGUGCUGAGCGAUCGGACACCUGAGAACCUCCACGCCUUCCUCAUCUCUGCCCCCGGCAGCUUUGCAGAGACGGGAGCCACCAAAAACCUCCUGGACUCCAUGGCCCGAAAUGUACGUCUGGAUGCUUUACAACUGCCCAAAGCCUGGAUUAACGGCUCUGGGCUCCUGCAACACUUGAAGUUCAACAACCCUUUCUACUUCAGCUUUAGCCGAUGCACCUUAUCUGGUGGGCACCUGAUCCAGAGAGUCAUUAAUGGUGGGAAGGAUCUUAAAAGCCUGACCAGUUUGAAUCUCAGUGGCUGCGUUCACUGCCUGGCCCCAGAGUCCUUGUUUCGGAAAGCAGAAGAUGACAUUGACAGCAGCAUUUUGGAAAGCCUGGUAGUGUCUUGCUGCAACCUGAGACACCUGAACCUCUCUGCAGCUCAUCAUCACAGCUCUGAAAGCAUAGGGAACCACCUGUGCCAGCUCCUGUCCAGGCUAAAGCACCUGCUCUCAUUAGCACUACCAGUUUGCUCCAUCACAGAUGUUGGUGCAAGCGUGGAGAAGCCUCCCACCACACCUAAUUUGGUGCCCCAAACAUUUGGAAGGAAAGUUCGGAUUGGGAUACAGACAUAUCCAAGGAACUUAGGGGACCAGACAAAUCAGAAGAUCGAGUCUUCAGUGUUUUGGGCUCUGAUGGGAAGCCUCAGAUUUUUGGAAACCUUGGAGAUCAUUGGGUCCAGUUUCUCCUCUGCCAUGCCCCGCAACGAGCCAGCAAUUCGGAACUCGUUGCCUCCCUGUGUCCGGGCACAGAGCGUGGGGGAUUCAGAGGUGGCUGCCAUUAGCCAAUUGACUUACCUGCAGAGCCUCACCUUAGCACAGCUGCCAAAUAUUCUCACGGGCUCUGGGCUCAUCAGCAUUGGGCUGCAGUGCCAGCACCUGCGGACUCUUUCCUUGGCCAACCUGGGCAUGAUGGGCAAGGUGGUCUAUAUGUCUGCUCUCAUGGACAUGCUGAAACACUGCAGGUGUUUGAGAGAUCUCAGGCUGGAACAGCCGUACUUCUGUGCGGGCGCGCAGUUCUUCCAGGCACUGAGUCACUGCUCCUCUCUCCAGCGGCUUUGCAUCGUCUCCCGGAGCGGGACCCUGCAGUCUGACGCAGUGAUGUCAUUCAUGGCCAGCUGCCUUGAGGUCAUCAUGUGCCACAUGUUUAUGGGAGAAUCUCUUACCGUUUGCAAAAAUCUCCAGCAGUCCAUUGUCCGGAGGACAAUCUCACUGUUCUGGGGAUCCAAACUCCGAGGAAGAGAAGCACAAACUUGCCCUGCCUUGUGCCUGUGUCAGUUUCCAGGCAGAACGCCCUGCAUUAAACGUCGUCAUUUUCCCUCUGCUUCACGAGGACUUGACAGAGGUCAUCAGAGAUGUCCCCAUGAGGCACCUGGAUGAAAUUACCUUGUUUAAAAGCAGAGUGGCCGAGGAACCUCCCAAUUUGUGGUGGUAACUGCCACAGCAUGGAAAGGACAAGUCAGUGUGAACCCAUGGAGCAGCUUCUUGUUGGCCUGGAUUUCCCAUCCUCGGCUCCUGGCCACCUCACUGGAUGCUGUACAAUCACUUCAACCAGGUGCAAUUGCAAAAUAAAAAAAAAAGCUGGUUCUUUGCAGUGGGGAAACAUCUAUUGGAUAUUGCUUGCAUCUGAAAAUCAUGUCUCAAAGGCUUGUGGAAUCUGAUGAGUGUUUCCUUGCGGUUAAUAUGAAUUGUUUUUGUUAUUUCACUGAAGUUAAAGGUAAGAGAAACUGACUUAACAAUGCUCUUUCCCCUGUGUCCCCUGGUGUCUGUCCCAAGGGCCCCUGUGUACGUUGGCAGUGUGCUUUGUGGUUUUGGUGGAAAUCAUUCUUUGCUUCAGUCUGUUUUUGGCAAAGUAGAAAGCCUAGGCCAGCUCAGAGGCACGAAAAUGUGUUGCUCAAUUGAAGUGCAUCACAUCUUUUCUAUGUUACAAAUAGGCAUUUGUAGUCACACACGUGCAGUCACAGAUAUUUAAAGGGUUUUUUUUUUUUGACUGAGAAGUACCACAAGGACUCUUUAUUUUUUAAUAGCAAAUUAAGGUCAUUAACACCUUGACCAUGGUAUGUUCCUGCUGGUGCUGUUUCCAUUGGUCUGAUGGAAGAAGUUCUCAGCUCUUCUGGAAAUCCUUGUCCUAGGGUAGAUGGUGCCUACAGUGAAUAAGUUGAGGCUCAGAUCUGAUUUAUGUGCAGUCUGUCUUGCAGUGUAGAUGGGAAUGUAGUGUUCCAGUUCUGUCCUUCUAUCCCAUGCCUUGAGCUCAUGCUAAUUUUAGAGAUGUUAUGAAGUAUUUUCACAGUGUGAUUUCAGUCAGCUUCUCUGCUCCACAGAACCUCCUCAGGCAUCAGUAGUGGUCUGGAUCACUUUCAUAUUGCCUUAUUUACUGAGCACUUUUAAAAGCAUCAGACAGCUGUACCAAAAGCCAAGUUAGAAAUUCCUGGAGCUACAAGUCUGGGUGGCAGAAUUUUCCUUGGUAGCAUACAGGUCUGUCUUCUGCAAAGCAGCUGCUGACCAGAGCUGUUCUAACUUCACCCAAACCCGAAUGUGUUGAGCUCUGCUUUUCUGGGGAGGCCCAGAGUCGUCCAAAGAUGAUGUGCCCAUCUCCUUGUCAGCAUUUCCUACUCAAAAUGCCCUCUCCCAAAUGCUCUUCUGCCCUCAAUGUUCGUAGGAAGCCUGGUCUGAUGGGAUGGGAUAGAUUUGAGAACAAAAUGCAUCUCCCAGCCUUGGAGGACUUUGUGUCCUUACUUUCCAAUCCAGCUACGUGUGAGCCUGCCUGGAAUUGUGUCCCACAGGUGUAAAUCUUGAGCCAGGCUGUGCUAACCCUCGUGCUCAGAGAGGUUACAGCAAAGAGCAGGUAAGUGUCAGGCUCUGCUGGCACAGGUCUGUGCCUUGUGAGACCAACCCCUGGGGCUUUGCUGUCUUUCCCGAGGCUCUCAUCCUUCCCCUCUGAGGACAGGGAGCCAGCACAGCCUCUGGAAUGCAGCAGGAUGGUGAGGCCAGCUCGUGCUCCCCUGGGAAUGCUGCAGCUGAGCUGUGAGCGCUCCCUGAGUGUUUGAGGCUCUGCCUCAGCUUCAGCUCCCUGCAGCUGAGUGUGAGGGGCUGCUGCCCUGCUCCUGCUGCUGUUUCCCCUCCCACUCUCCCCCAUGAGGUCGUUCUUUCUACCUCUUGUCAUAUUACUCACCUCUUUGAAUCCCCUUCUCCCUCUCUUCUCUCCCUCUUUUCAGCACAUCAAAUGUGCUUUUUAGCAGGAACACGAGCUGCUGCUCUGUCCAGUUCAGGCCCCUUCAGCUCUGCCUGGUUUUUGUCCGUUUUUUUUCCCUGGGAUAACUAGCAGGACUGGGCAGAGGAUGUUUGCUAAGCUGCUUUCUCCUCCUUGUUGGAAGCAAUGGCAAAGUUCCUUUGUCCUGCUUGUGCCACUGGCCUCAGGGCAGAGGGAAGGUGGAGGGUGUGGCAGGAGCUCUCUGGUGCCUUAGGGAACCUGUUCAGUCCUGUGAAGGAAUCCUGAUGUUUGGUUCCAGCGAGGCCAUUCCCACCCUCAGCGGGGAUUUCCCCUGCAUAAACAGCUGUGGCAUCAGCAGGAGCUUGGCAGUGCUGCCAGCUCACCUCUUCCUGUUCCUCUGGAAAACCUGGACUGGGGGACAGUGGUGUGCAGAAACCAGCUGCUGCUCGAUUCUGGUGUUAAACCUUUGCUCUUGGGGUUGCAGUCACCUGAUGGAACGUGCUGUACACUUGGCUUGGCAAUCCAGAUCCACCUGCCUGGUGUGCUGCUGGAUGGGAGCAGCAGCCAGGGAUGUUUUAUAGUGCUGAUAUUCUCUUGCCAGGGAUAUGAUGUUUGAGCAUCUGAAUUCGUGCAAGUGGGUCACAAGUCCUGGUGAUGCUGCCAGUUAUAAGCAGGGUUAGGAAAGGUCACCCACAGGUGAUAAAGGUAGCAUCCCAAAUAGUAAUAAAGAGCUAAAAUCUCCUUCCACCCCCAGCUCCCCAACUCCGGGCCAGUGCUUGAUAUCUGUACUACAAAUCCUCUUAUGGUGAGAGAGAAUUUCCGCUGCUUUUGCACUCCAGGCAGGAUUCACCAGAUGUUAAUAAUGUGCUUAUUUUCUCUAAGUGCUAUUUUGGCAUCGGUGUUAAUUACAAUUUAUAUUCUGCAACAUUUACACUGGGAAAAGAACCCACCCUAAUAGUACCCAAUUGGCAGAGCUGGGCUAUUAAACACAGCUCCAUAUGUUCUGAGCAGAGCAGUGCAUGGGACUCAGAGCCCACUCAGCACUCAGGCAGGCAGCUGUAGAGGAAGAGAGGGGAGCAGAGACAGGGGUGUUCUGCUCCUGGAUUUUAUUUAAUAUGAAAUCCCCCCUCCUUUUCUCUGUCCCCGUCUCUCCAGAAAUCUCCCUCCUGCUAUCUGUGAGCAUUUAAGGAGGUGAUCUCUGAGCCUGCUGAUGCUGCUGUCCAUAGUCUAAAACAAAUGAAUUCAAUUCCAGAAGGUGCCCUUCUCUCAGGGAGUGCCUCUGCAGGAUCCCAGUCCCUGCUGGCUUUUCCUUGCUGCCUUCCAAAGCAGAACUCCAGUCUUUGGGAACUGCAGCAGAAAUCUUUGCUUUGACCACCCCCAAAGUGUCCGUGGUUCUGUGGGAGAAGGAUAUUCUGGGACAGUUCUGUUCUUGUGUAAAACUCGAUGUAGUUUGCUGCUCUGCUCAUGUCCAAAGUCUUGUUUGGCAAAGUGGCAUUUGGUUCCUGCAGGCUGGGAGGGUCUGCAGUGACCCUGGUGUGGGGAACUCAGAGGGGCUCAGUCAUCUGUGUUCCCGUGGGUUUCUUAGGAGUGUAGGUUAAAGGAUUGCUUCCUCAGCUGUUUGCAAAGCUGAUUUCAUGGUCUCUUUAGGAAAUGGCAGUGUAUCCACUGCUCUCUUAGGAGAAGGGGCUGUGUGGUGACAGUCUGUCCCAUCAGGAGAGCUCUGACUGUGGUCACUGCUCCAUCAAGGGAGAUGGAGAAGAUGGGAGUGAGAGGAGGCAGGGCAGGAUGGAGUCAUGGAUCUCACUCUGGAAGCCAGACACACAUCCUGAGGCUUGGCCCGUUUGCUCACUGGUGGAAGGGGAGGAGGCUCCCCAGGUGCUGAAGCCCCCCUCCAGGUGAGGCUGGGGAGCAGAGGGCAGAGCUGGGGCUGGUGUGGGCUGAGAGCAGCAGAGCCACAGCCCCCCUCGCUGGGGUUUAAUUCCCAUCACUGCCUCCUCUGCCAGGCGUGUGGGGUCCCAGGGACACAGCAGGACCUGUCCCCUCACACGGAUGUUCAGAGCUGUGGGAUGAUGGGCAGGUGUGUGGGACAGUCCCUGUGAGGUGCUGGUGCUUUCUUCCAGCAGGGCUGUUUUAGGAUAGGGCUGUAGAAAUUUGGGACUUUCCCGCUGGUGGAGUGAACCAGUGCAGAAGGGUUGUUUCACCUGACUGAGGGGGAUGCAAUUCCCUCUUGGCUGGUCUCAGCAGAGUGUCCAAAGCUGGGAGAGCAGCAGGAGCUGUGCUGGGUGCUGCAGAGCACGAUCUCCUUCCACUGCAGCUCUCCUGCCUCUUUGAGAUGCACAGGCAGCCAGGGUACUCCAGCAGGAGAAUCAUUUCCAUAGAAACCAAUUGGGAUGUUGUACGGGGAAUAAUGAUUAAUAGUGAAGGGAUGGUGCCUCAGGCCCUUUUCAUUUUUUAGGGGGCAGUGAGGGACAAACUGGGGCACAGGUAGGGGGACAGGGAGAGUGGAAAACUAAUGGAAACCAUCUCUUCCAUUAAUUUCCAGGCCAGCUCCCCCUCUCCUCCUCCUACCCAGCCCCCCACUGCUGCUCCCAGCUUUCGUCAAAUUUUCAAAAUGGCUAACCUGGUUAGAAAUAAUCAUAAUAAUAAAAAAGGAUGGAUGAGGUCUGACUACUAACAUUGUUGCUGUUAGCAGCAGGAUUUCAGCCAUAAAACAUGAAGCAAGGGAGGCAUUGACCUUUCCGCUGCUUGAAAUGAAUGGAGACAUCAAUAUCUAUUGUUUUGUGGCAUUGACCUCUGACGCUCUCAGUUCGCCCUCCCCUUUCUUUUUUUUUAAUUUCCCCCUGACACUGGAGGAAAGGGGUCAGUCUGUACUAUCUAUUGAUCCCAAUCUUACUUGGUGAUAGGGAAAUAAUUAGAAUUUUAAAGAUCUCUGCUGCACGCUGGUGAAAUACAUACACAGAGGCACAGGCUAAGCCCCCGCUUGCCAUGUUGUGUUCUCCCCCCUUCCUUGCAGAGAUCCAAAGCUCUGAGAUCUGAAGGAAGGCAGAUCAAUAUAGGUUUAAUCAUGACGGGGGUUUUAUUUCAGUUUUUUAAAUAGUAAAGUGUAACAUUUUAUGUUAAUGUUGUCGGAGCCUGGCUGCCUGGUGCCUUGUUUUAUUUAUUCUUUUAAGUAGCCCCUUCUUUUGUGAACUUCAUCUAUGUACAGAGAAUGUGAAAUCAGGCAUUGCUAAUUAGCUGUAUGACAAUUAAGUAAUGUAGCACAAAACCAUUAGGACACUGGAUUUGUUUUUGAAGUUUGUCCUUUGAAGUGGAAGCUGCAACUCCCUGCCCAAGGCUGCUGGGGAAAAUGUUUUUCUAUCAAAACUUUCUUUGAAAAUAAAAUGUCAGUGUAAGAGUCCCUAUUUCUGUCGUCUCUCCCUUUAAACAGCGGGUGGAAAUUGUUUCUCCUUGUAAAAACUGCUGGCAUUGAUAGAAAGGGGAAUUCAGGAAAGCAUUAAAUGGGCAGUUGGUCUCCAAACACCCCCAAUUCUGGUAGAGAUAUUACCAAAAAUUCUUUUUAGCUCCUUGAAAGGGCACGGUGCCACGUGAGGAGAGAAGACCCAGCUCACAGCUCUGAAGAUGGCAAAGGGAGGUGGUACUAAAACUGGGGGUUCAUCUCUGACUCCCCAGGUGCCAUCAGGGUGACAGCCUGGCCACAGGUCCCUGCAGGCUCCUGGGUUCGGCUCCUCCGUCCGUGCGCUCGUUUGACACUUGUGUUUGCAUCUGGCCCUUUGUCCUCGUGGUGAGUCCAGUUCUGGAUGUGCAACUUUCAUGUACGCUGGUGGCAUGUAAAACUUCAAAUAAAGAGUGGAACAUUUGGAACCA